GACAAAGUUCGACAGUUUAUAGCUUUUACUCAGACCGAUGAGAAAUCAGCAAUUUUCUGUUUAAGUCAACAUGAUUGGAGGUUGGAUGUCGCCUCAGAUCAGUUUUUCCAACAUCCUCAUCGAUACAUGAAGGAGUCAAAGACAACAGUUGAUAAGAAAAAAUUACAGCAUUUGUUUGAGCGAUACAAAGGUACUUAGUAUUUUGUCCUUGUAAUUUAUAUUUGUGUGACAUCAAUUUGAAUUAUUUAUUGUGAUUGACUUUUCUAUGUACAUUUGUAUAUGUUGUAGAAAAUACUACUUAAUAUUUAGCAGCAUAGCAUUUAUAUUUUCUACUUUAAUAUGCAAUAGUUUACUUUCACAUUAUAAUUAUGAUAGGCUGAAAGUGCCAAUUAUCAAGUUAAAUAUUAACCAAUGUACAUGAAUGCAUAUAUAAAUGUUCCAUAAAUGUGUAUGUGCUGAAAAGAUCUUGUUCACCUUGAUGACAAUUUUACAGUUGAUCCUAAUGCUGCUGCAUUGCAAAUUGUAGUAUCAUGACACGAGUCAACCUAUAUUAAAUGGACACCCUUAGCGAAUCAUACUUCAUACUGAAUAUUAUCUGUACUGGUGAACAUGACUUCUGUUACGUCUGCAAAUCAAACCCUAACUUCUAGUGAAAUGUUGAAAAAAUAAAGAAGUUCUAUCCGUUGAACAGAGAUUUUUUGUGCCUUUCUGUCCCUGUUUAUGUGUGUGCAUUCACUCAGUAGAGGUUUCUAUAUACUCUAUCAAUAAAAUUUUAUGUAAAAUUUUAUUUAUGGUUCAGAUGAUACUUUACAUAUAGUCUGCUAAAGACAUGGUGUCUGCUUAAUGGUUGGACUAUAAUUUAGCCAAUAUUCCAUGUAUUGAAUGGAUAUAAUCAUCCAUUGAUCAUGAUCAUAACAGGAACAGAUAUAUACAGAGCUGCAAAUUUACUCAUGAAAAACAAAUUAAUUACAAUUACAAUAACUUGCUGCAAAAGGUAAUUAAUUCCAAUUACAAAUACAUUUUUUUAUAAAUAAUCACAUUUACAGAAUUACCUUGCAAGAAUGUAAUUAAUUAGAGAUUCCAUAAUAUUAUAGAGCUUCAGUAGUGCGAUUGUCAGAGCAAGUGCCUUUCUCCCCAGAGAUUGUGGCUUCAAUUCUAAAACUGUCUGUACCAGUGUAGGUAGUACCAAUGUGAAAAUGCUGUGCUGAGUGGUUAUAUUACUACCUUAAAAAAUAAGCAGAUCUGCUUAUUUUUUAAGGUAGUAAUAUAACCACUGGGUUCGAUUCUCACUAUGGACUCAUGCAUGACACUUAUGUGAAAAGAGUCCGUCAAUGCUCGAAAGUCGUGGGUUUUCUCUGGCUAUACUCCAGUUUCCUCCCACAGGGAAUGUUGACAGGGUGGGUUGGGAAUGUCCCCCUAACUCACCUUUCCAUCGUAGCUGUGCUGUGUGAUCAGACAUGAGUUAUAAGAUGGCUGCCAUAGGCAUCCUAAGAAAGCCUUUGACUCGAUCAGGUUAAGCUGUGUCCCUCGUAAUUCAGCUUAACUCUUACUUAAUAUUAAUAAUGUGAAUCUUGUGCCAAACAUAUUUCUCAAGUAAAAAUAAGCAUGGUUGAAUGAUGGAAAUUAGGUAUUAUUUCAAUAAUUGCUAACCAAAAUUGCCACUGAUUCGAAGAGAAAAUUUUAAAUCAAAAUAACAAAACUUUAAGGUAUGGUAGAAGCAUUGAUGGAGAUGAGAUGAAAACGUACUUAGAACCUUUUUUUUUCAUUUUGAUGGUUUUUUUAUAUUUUUUCUCAGUUAUUACAUGUCAAACAUUACAAAGAUGUUACAAUUGUAAUGAGUACUCACAGCCCUGCAGAUAAAAAUGGUGGCAACUGCAGAUACUACCAGAAGGAAUACAAGGAAGUUCUCUUUGUAUUUCCAGGUAGUUGCAUCUCUAUCAUUUUGAAGCUUUCAAUUUAUUAGAUAGAAUAUGCUGUUUUUUUGCUCAUGAUCACCAAGUAUUUAAUUCAUAACUUACAAUAAAUCAUGUUUAAACCAGCUGUUAAGUUGCAUUGUGCCUCAGCUAGCUAAUGCACCUUACUUUAUUAAUAUUCUUUAUACUCUGUGAAAUGCACCAUCAAAUGAUUUUAUUCAUGACGUCAAGAGAGCUGGUGCUCAGUAUAUUUGGCUGAUCAGACUAUCCUCCAUUGAUGUGUCUAGUAGUUCACCCAUCAAUUUGCAUUGUGCCAUAAUGUGCCCUACCAUACUUAAUUAUUUAUUAUUUUACUAUGUCUAAAAUGCCAGACAAUUUUAUGUGUCAAAAUUGUUGCAUUUUGCAUGUCCAGAUUUAAUUUUUCAAGUUCUGGCUGGAUUUCUGUCUGGCUGUAACUUCUAACAUCAGUUUCAUAAUUCCGAUUUAGGUAUAGGUACAUACUAGGUAGGUUUGAAAAAAUAGUUUUUGAAAAUCAUUUUUGCUUCACAUUAAACAGCAAUGGCCAUGAGUGUUAUCAAAUGAAAAUUCCUGUAGGAAUUCCUAUAGCCAUAGGAACUGAAAAUGUUGAAAAAAAUUCCUAUAGUAAUUGAAUGAACAGAUAAUUUAAUACAAAUUAUGCAAUACCUCAAUUUUGGCUAUUUAGCUGUACAUACAAUGUUAAGUGUAGAGUUAACGCAAAAGAUUUAAUGACAACUUUAUUGUUUAAUAAAUAUUUAAUUGACGACGUUUGCCACAAGAGCUCUACGGCUCAUCUAUACGGUAGAUGGUUCACUUCACUUUAUACAUAUUAUUAUACAAUAAAAAUGCACAGUGUCACACAAUUCUGUCAGACACAUAAAAACGAAUCACAAACAAAAACUAAGUAAGGUAUCUGGCAAACAGAUUCAAAUGUGAGGGUAUGGAAGCGUUCUGAUUCUUUGAUAAAAUUUUGAACAUAGUAAAAGAUUUGUACAUUUUAAUCCUCUGAAAGUAUUGAGGAUCGAUCCAAGAAUAUAUCUGAUACGUACAUAUUAAUGAGAUUACUACGCGAGAGCGGAUGUGAUUACAUUUGGUGGGUUUAAGGUAAAUCAUCAAACUUUGACAAGAUGACUUUUGAGUUUACUUAAAAUAAUUGAAGAAUUUUACAAUGCUCAUUUUCUUCAGUUUUGAUGGUUAAUAAACUCAAAAUCGGCUAGGUAUGGAAUGGAAUGGUAUGGUAUGGUGUGGUAAAACUAUAUUUUAACAGGGUAGCCCAUUCGGCACAUGGCUUCCAUAGGGGCCCUGUGAUUUAAAAACUACUAUAAAUUAUACUGAUGUUAAAAAAAAAUGUAAAUCAAUGAAAAUCAUUCCACUUGGCCGUCUAUUGAAAGAAACGUCGUUACAACUUAGUCAAUUAGCUAUCUUUCACAGAGGGACACUCUUCGCUACCUCCUCCCCUUCCAGUUGUGUCAGCCACUGCAUUCGAAUUGCGGCUUAGUUGACCACGAAACACUUUACAAUGCUUUGUAGAACCCGGAGAUGAAGACAAGAUCAUGGCAGAGGGUGUUGGCAGAUUUUGUGAAGAUUUAAAUUUAGAUCCUAUUAGUAUAAAAGUACUGUUAAUUGCUUGGAAAUUCAAAGCAGCAACACAAUGUGAAUUUUCUAGAAAAGAGUUUACGGACGGUAUGACUGAAAUAGGGUAAGUAGAAAGCUGAAAAUUCCUAUACUUUUUAAUUUGUUUAUUUGUUAAACAGAAUUCAUGUUAUAAUAUAUGUACAGUACUAUCCAACCUGGGAUCGAGCCUAAGAUCUCCGUUUUAACCUACCAGCUUUACUGAACUACAUGGAUGCUCAUUUGAUGACUUUCAAAAAUAUUACAUGCAGUACAUCAAAUACGCAUAGGCAUAGGCAUACUAUUUUCGGGCAGUAUGUAUUUAAAAAUUGGGCAAUUGUACUUAAAAACAAACUAGAUAUAUAUGAUUCGUUUUCGUAAUAUAUGAAUGCAUGUUUCAAAAAUCGUUUGCCCUCCCCCCCCCCCCCUCCCAACUGGAAUUUUGUGGCUAUAACAACAACAAAAAAUGUUAGGUGGGCAAUAUCGCGAACGUGGGGCAAAUUUUUCGCCGUCCCCCUAUUUUUUCCUCCCCUACACCAAUGCCAAUGCGGGAAAUCCAGUCUACGACAAGCUCUGCAGAAUUGUGGAACAACUCGUGCUGAUUCAUGCAGGAACGAUUGUAUAUAGCUUGCUGCGUUUAGAAGUGUAGUAACCUACAUGGACAUCGCUAGUUAUUAUUCCUACACUGCUGAAAACUGCAAGAAAAAUAGAUAAAACACGUACAAACCGUUUUCGAACAGUACAGUAUGUCAUUUUUAAAGAUAUUCUUUAGUUAAAUUGUUGUGAUUUUAUUAAUAAUUGAUGAAAAACACAAACUAAGAAAAUCAUAAUGACAAAGCCAAAGGAAGAGGUCGUAGAUCUGAUAGAAAAUGCUCUACAAAACUGCUCAUGCAGUAUCACGUUGUUUUUGUCUGUUUUUAGAUGUGACUCAAUAGACCGAUUAAGAAGUAGAUUGUCCUUAAUAGAAAAUGAAAUAUCUGAUACUCACAAGUUUAAAGAAUUUUAUCAGUUCACCUUUAACUUCGCAAAAAAUCCUGGUCAAAAGAAUCUUGGUAAGGUGUUUGCAUAUCUGUAUAUAACAUUGUGAUGUUAUAUACGCCUUCUCUGUUUUGCUAGUCCCGUUUACGCUAUACACUGAAAGGGGUUGAAUUGACUACCCAUAUUUUCCCUUAUGUUUUAUUGGCAAGUGACAUUAAGGACCUUUUGUACCAACAGUUGACCGCAGUGUAAAUGGCGUAUAAAUAUAACUGCAUGAGGGAUCACAGGAAACUAUAUCUGGAAAAUAUAACACAAACGUCGACGACGAAGGGCCUUUGUCUGGAAGUUAGUAUCAUUUGUUGUUUUUCGACCCAAGCUGCUGGAGACCUUACCAUACAGGACGACAACGCGACGACGGCCAGAAUAAAAUCAUUCAAAUAAACGAUUGUAAAGAACGUUUGUGGACUAGUGUUGAUCGUAUCAAUUUAAUACUGUUUCAUAGUGGCUUUCUUGUUGAGAAAGUUCAACUGUAAUACUGAGCUAAUUUGCUGAGUAUAUCUUCUCGCGUCUUGAAAGGCAGGCGUUUUAUCCAAGACGUUUGUAGCUUCCCGUUGUAAACAGACCGUGGAUGACGUCUCAAACUCCCAUGGGAUAUUUAUUUCUUUUCUCAUUGUAUUACUAGCCGUCGUCAUCUCGUUCCCGCACCGUAACCUUUUUACUAACUUGCUGACGAAGGCCUUCGCAAGUUGUUGUUAUAUUUGUUCAGGUGGUUUGAUCAUUGCUAUCUACACUGGAAACCAGCAUUUAAGAACUUUAUAUAAAACUAACUGUUGGAGGAUUUGUGUGGAAGGAAAUCUCGAGUGUAAAUUUUACAUUUUUAAACUAAAUUAAACUAAACGUUGUUAUUUUUUAUCUAAUGUGAAAGAUAUAUAGGCCCUUUGGCAGGAAUCGAACCAGCGGCCCUGCGAUUCUGGUGCAGCACUUUUUAAAGGGCAUAUGACUUGAAAAUUGACGUUGUUAUUUUUUUAUCUAAUAUGAAAGAUCAUUGAAAACUGUAGAGUAACUUCUUUGACAGAUUUUUGUUUUCUUGCUUCGUUUUGGAGAUAUUUCAUUUUGUAUGAUAUGCAAAGCACCAACUUUCUACGUCACACAUGCAUAAUGACUUACUUUAAAAUGUUACAUAAUUUGUCACUAUCAAAUAUAUUCGCUCAAAAUGAAUGAUGAGCACGAGAUUUGUCAACAACGACACCCAUGUAGGUUUUCUUCUGAUUGUCUUUGCUGGUAUUAAAGAUAUACAGUUUUUAGGGUUAAAUCAUCAUGCAUAUGUGACGUAGGAAGUUGGUCCUUUGCAUAUCAUACAAAAUGAAAUAUCUUCAAAACGAAGCAAGAAAACAAAAAUCUAUCGAAAAAGUUACUCUACAGUUUUCAAUGAUCUUUCAAAUUAGACUAAAAAAAUAACAACGUCGAUUUUCGAAUCAUAUGCCCUUUAAAGUGUAAGGUGCAUUACUAAAUAUCAGAAUUUUGGGCAUCUCACUUAAUAACUUCUACAAAAACCCUCCAACAUUUAGUUCUAACAAUCCAUUUACCUAUAGUCCAGCCUAGACCUAGGCCUUCUAUUUUUAUUAUUUUUUUAAUAUUCAGCGCUUUUUCACAUGAAAAGACUGGGACUAGGUGAUUUGGGGGCGGGGCGGAGGAUGACGCAAGCGAAAAAAUAGAAGGCCUAGUGGAUUUCCCAACAACAAGGCUGAAACUGCCCUGGUUGCGAAAUGCCCAAUUAUUGCGUUCUCAAACAGAAUUAUUUGCAACUUAACAGCGAAUUUAAACCGAUACAGGUAAAAUAAACUCAUUUAUAGUAUAAACGUACUAUUUUUAUUUGUAUACACGCCUAGAAAAACGUUUUUUUAUCAUAAAGUUCGAAGCUACACUAUUUAUAUUAUGUUGCGAAAGGUCAAAAUGAGUCAAAAUAUUACUACAAAAUGAACUUAGUUUAGUCAUAAAAUGUUUUUAUAGUUAAUGUAAUAACUACUGGACAGUAUAAAUUGCUUUAGUUGUUGGUUUUUGAUCAAUUUCGGAUCACAAAAUUAUGGGGCUAAUUUGAGAACUUGUGAAAUCUACUAGGCCUUUACGAGGCAAAUGACCAUUGCGAUAAUCACCAGCCGAGUUUAGGCCUAGGUCUAGGCUGCCUAUAGUCUAUAGAAUCACUAUAUAUGUUGAACAGCAUUGAACUGUCACUGCAAUGAUAUUGCUUUUUCAAACAAACUUUUUUGGUAUCAUCUUUUAGAACUUGAAAUGGCUAUAGCUUAUUGGAAUAUUGUCCUAAGAGGAAAAUUUAAAUUUCUAGACCUUUGGUGUGAAUUCCUACGGG